AUGUUUACGAGAUCGACCAUCUACUCGGCCUGCAAGCGUCCAGUGAUACCGCGACUCUUGCGACAAUCGCAGAAUCAAUAUCUUCACGCCUCGCCGGCAUUGGAUCUCCCCCGUCGGAGAGACUUCUUCACCUCCAAUGCUCAAUUGGCGCAAAAGCAAUCCAAUACGAACGACGAAUCCCUUGAGAACCUAGAGCUCCAAAAGCAACGAAGGCGCAGUGCAAGAGCACCGGCAGCUCCUACUUCCUUACGACGAGUGGCUGUGGAAGCACAAAGAUCGAGAGAUGGAUUUCUCUCCAAGGCCCAGCUCAAGGAGCAGGGCAUCGAUCAGACUAAGAUAGUUACAGCCUACGCCGUAGCAGAACAAUUCAAUAUACGCAAAGUCCGAGACAUUUUGCAGGAGAAGGGAUAUGAGCCGGAUCCUCUAGGAACUGGGCUCUACCCCCCAAGUUACCUACCCUCUGAUCAAGUCGGCGAUAUAUUUGUCUUUCCAUCUGGCACAGUAGUCGCAUGGGCGCUGCCGGAAGGGUUUAGUUCGUUCCUAGCGACGAGAACCCUCCUCCCGGCAUCGGAAGGAGCUCAUGCGGAUGACAUCGAAACCGAAGAUCUGGAGUUUGUUGAAGAUUCAAAACGAGAUAACAGUAGCAUCAAGGGAGAUACAAUCAUCUUGGGAACUAACUCCGGAAACGAAGGGUUAGAGGCACCCCUCGCGACGCAGCAAUCGAUUGAUACCGUCUUAACAAAGGUCGCAUUUUCAUCGGGACUGGCCCGGAGCACAAAACUCGCAGUGCUCGAAAGUCUGUUGUCCAAUUAUUUCGAGUCAACUCGCACCAUCCCAACUCUCCUAUCACAAGGGUCUCGCUUGCCAUACACGAGAGACUUUAUUCUCCGAAAGACUGGGCAAUUGCUUAGUGUGCGUGCCCAGCUUAAUCUUUACUCGGAGCUUACGGACUCACUCCCGGAUAUAUUUUGGGACAGCCGACAUGAGCUCGGCUUGGAGGGAUACUAUGAACAGGUGGGCAGAGCAUUGGAUGUAGGUAUCCGCAUCAAACUUUUGAACGAAAAGAUGGAUUAUGCACAGGAGAUUGCGAGCGUUCUCCGUGAGCGACUCAGUGAGACCCAUGGCCUUCGACUUGAAUGGAUCAUUAUCCUGCUCAUUGCCGUCGAGGUGGGAUUUGAGGUCUUGCGACUGUGGAAAGAACGGGUGCAUGAACAAGAAGAAGCGUCUCGAAAGCAGAAGACGACGGCCAUCUAA